AUGGAACAGUCUGCCCCCAACAAACCACCAAAACUCCUGGUGGGUGAACUCACCCCUGAAGCAGCUCAUGACUGGGAUAAUGCAUGCUCUAUGUAUUUCAUGCAUAAAGGUUCCUUCACAGCGUACAUGAUUGCGCUAAAGAGCACCUGGCUUGAGACCCACUGGGCAACCAAACUUCACAAGAAAGUCUUGGGAUCUCAGCAGGGCUCCUGCCCAUUCUAUGAAUGGGCAUUACAGUUACAAAACCAGAAUGUGCUGCUCUAUGGUAACACAGCGCAUCUGACAGAUGCACAGUUACACAAUCAGCUCAAGGCGAACAUAUGUGAUGAACUCACUACAUCUGUACUGAGAGCAAGACUCACUGAUAACCUGACCCUCAAAGAGUGGAUUGAAGAAGUGAAGCAUCUCAAUGAUAAAUGGCUCAAGGACCUCACUUCUCAUAAGAAGAUCAUGGAGGAACUGUACAAAGCAUUGAGAUGCACAACAUCCUCGAACCAUACCAAAAACCCAUCCUCCUCAAAACCCUACAACUCCUCUUCAUGCCUUGGAAGUCUCACAGAAACUGAAUGCACGCUGCUGAUGGACCACAAGGGAUGUUUCAAAUGUCAAAAAUUCUACAUCACACACCAAUCAAAAGAAUGUACAGAUGGUGCACCAGAUGCCUCGUCAUACAAGAUGUUAAUGGAGGCUGACACCUUGGCUGCGAAGUCAAAGAACAAGAAACAGACUAAACUGGUCGCCACUGUGGCUCCCAUAGUGGCCGUGAUGCCAUCGUCAAUACUUGAUGAAGGCUCAGAUUCUGAAGAUGAUAUGUGCAUAGCCCCUUUUGAAACUGCCCACCUUUUUUUGGCCCUGUCUCUUGAUGGGCCCCUCCUGUGA